AUGACGUUGGCGUCAAAGACGACGACGGAAGAGGCAGAGACAGAGUUUUACUCUUUUGCUUCUUGUUUGUGUCUCAAGAUUUUCCGACUGAGGUCCUUCUCCUCCUCCUCCUCCUCCUCCUCCUCCUCCUCCUCCUCCUCCUCCUCCUCCUCCUCCUCCUCCUCAACAGAAAUCUUGGUCAUUACGAGGUCUUCCCUCUUCCUUAGUUUUGCCAGGACUCUCAACCCCACCAGACCCAAGGCCUUCGACUACGCUGCCGACGCCGAAAGAGUAGUAGGGGAGUUACACCACAAUUUCAGCUGUGACGGUCGUGAAUAUGGGUAUUAUGCCGACCAGGGCCAACAGUGCCAAGUCUUCCACAUCUGCAUGCCAGUCAAGACGGUGACUGGGAGGAUCCUCGAUACUUUCCAGUUCAGCUUCUUUUGUCCGAAUCAGACCCGUUUCAGCCAGGACUCUCGCACCUGCAUCAACGAGGCCCAGGCUUACCCAUGUCACAAAGCCCACACGCUGUACGACCUCAACAAAGCCAUUGGUCACAGGCCUAACAAGAAAAAGCGCCCUGUUAAUCUGAAGGACCGCUCACAAGGGAACUUCAAGACUAACGUACAAGUAACGCAGAGCGCAUCUCUGACAAAUGCCGCCAGCGGUGCCACCGAAACCCCAUUCCUCAAAGAAUCCUUCGAUGAUUCUUCCUUUGUGCUGGAGAGUUUUGAUGAUUCUACUGUAGGAUUAUCUGUGCAAGAAGGUUUGACGCCGGUCCACGCGGAUUCCAUUCUCGCUAUUGGUGCCCCAGCCGUAGCUGUUCCUCCAUCUGCUGACAAUGCAGGAACGACGACAACCUUUGCUGGUCGCUUUCAGCCAUCUUCAACAGCAGCCCCACCGGUUGGGGACUUCGUAUCGAAUGAUCUUUCUGAGCAUUCGGAGAGACCUGAAUUUGUUAUUCCCCCUGGAUCGCAGAUCAUAUCAACACAAUCUAUACAGCACCAGAAUGCCCUCUCACAGCCCGCAAGGAGUGAUGGCUCUGUAAAUCCUGCCCGUGGAAAUACCAGGACAUCCAGAAUUAACGUUUCAGCACAUGGUUCUUCAGGGUUUUCAAAUGCUGGAUCCUCCACCCAAGCACCAACACUCACUAGUUCUUCAUUCCCUAGCACAGUAAGUUCCACCGGCACACCACCUUUAGUUCAUUCCAUUGUGUCGACCACCCCUCACACAAGUUUUACAACAAAUGAAGAAUUUGCCCAUUCAGGAGUCACUUCUGCAAAUCAAGGUUUGUCGGUGAACAGUGGACUGAAUUCCAUAGCAGUUACCAACAGGGGAAACAGCUUCACUUCUACAGAAUCAUCUGUGUCAUUCAAACCCAUUCCACAAAGAAAUAGAGAGCCUGUAAAUACAGUAGGAGUCGGUGGAAAUUCAGUUGGAAGCUCUUCACAACAGGAUGCAAAUAGAUUUUCAAAUAGUCAUGCCUCUUCACAACAGGAUACAAGUAGAUUUUCAAAUAGCCAUACCCUUGAGGCGGCGUCACAUGCAAACACCGGAACAAGUACGGGAACCUCUGCAUCCUCAGCUGGUAGGGGUCAGAUUUCAACGUUUGCAUCCCGUGCUAGAGCUCAUUCCACCCAGAGUUUUUCACAUCAGGCAUCACAGUCCGGUGAUCAGAGGUCCCAGUCAUUUUCUUUCUCACAGAAUAUUGGAAAUGAUGGAGGAAUAACCUCUCAGCCAAUCAUUACCACACACCAGUCAGUUAGCCAAGCACCUCAGCCCAUUACUACAACACAAAUACCUGUGCCAUCACUUAGUCAGCAGUUUACUCCCCCACCUAUUACUCAUGCUGCUCCAGGCACAUCGAGACCCCUUCAGAUACCUGGAUUUUCAUCGGGGAUUAGUCGUAAUCGUGUCGCAGUACAAAACCAACCGGAUGAUGAUUUUGCUAAUCAGCAGCUGUCUACUUUAAGCUCAUUUCCAACAACUACUGAAUAUUUUGAAGAGGGUGACAGAUUUCCCACAACUGUAGUAACAGAAAUUCCUUUUGAAUCAUCAAGGGCUAGUUUUGAAAGUAAUAACAUACAACCUCCUAGUCUGCAGAAUGUUGGAAGCUUACCCAAUAGGGGGAUCAGUCGUAAAGUUACUGUACAGAGGAGACCAAUUCAAGAGCCAUCUAAUGACCAGGUCUCAAGCAGAAUUAGUAGUGUCCAUAGCACAGCUUCUGUAAACACUGGAAAUGUUAAUAGUUUCAAUUCGUUUUCAAAUAAUAAUAGAGCUACCACCAGAUUUGACCAAAGUACGGAUGGACUUCACACGGGAGUAUUGCCAGUAUCAUCUGGAAUAAGUAACAGUCUGGGAUCUGUGACACCGUCCCCCUUAGGUCAUUCCAUUUCCGUUCAGACCCCCACAAUCCCGAGUUUAUCUGUAUCAACAAGUGAGCAAAACACUCCUUUGAGCGUAAAUAGCGAACAUUUUGGAAUACAUUCACAAAAUGAAUUGAAGGGAACACAAAAUGAGUCCCAUGGAGGCCAUUCUCAGACAAUAUCAGUUCAGAAUUCUUCGUUCAGAGGAUCUACAACUUCUAGAAUAUCAUCUCAGAGAAACAGAGGCAAUCAGAUAUCAUCAUCAAGAGGAUUAAGAACUCAGAUAACUACAACAGGGACUGAAAGGUCCUCGGAAGCAGUGGUACAGACAUCUAGCACUGCAAAUGUUGACAGAGGGUCUGUUAGAGGAAUACCAUCUCAAUCUGUUGAAUUUACAGAAGAAAAGACAGCUUUGAAUGCUGUAACAAGUAACAGAGGAUCACCUAGAGGGAUAUCACAACCCAUUUUUGAGGAUAGAACACCAAGGCCUGUAACCAGCAACAGGGGAUCAAGGAAAUUCCAGCCCAGUACAUAUCUUCUGCAAUCUGCAGGUUUUCAUAAUCCUCAGUGGCAGCCUAUACAGAAUCAAAACACUCUUGCUAGAAACAGUGUAUCUAGAAGUCGGUCAAGAUCUCAAAAUGGAAAUACAAGUAAUGGUAUCCAGACAUCCUCAGUAAACCAGAAUGAUGAUGGAAAUGAUUCAUCAGGUACAGCUGUCCAAGAGGAUAGUGUGAGCACUUCAUUUGAUAAUACCAGAGUUUCAACAUCAGAAAUUUCCCACAGGACAGUAAGUGGUGUUGAACUACCUAAGCAAAACAGCAUUGUCUCACAUGAUAUUAGUAAACAGUCAGCAUCCGUUACAGCCACCACUUUCAAACCUGUAACGCAAGCUUUAGUUCAGUCUACUAGCAGAGGAAGGGCAUUUGGUUCACAGGGUUCGUCAAAUAAUUUACUGUCUUCACAGCAAAACAGGUCAGGACAGACACAAAGUAGUUAUGGUGCACCAUCUACUUUUACAACUGAAUCUUCUGUGACAUCCCAGUACAGUAAUUCAGAAACAGUAACCAGGUCACAAUCUGUGACCUCACGCCCAACAACUCCAGCAAGCAGGCAGCUAACCACUACAUCUUUUGCAACAAGUGCUAUACCUAGAAGGCAACCCAUUACUAGCAAUGCUAAUCUUUUGAGGCAAACAGGUUCUGCUCAAGGUUUUUCAAGAUCUGAUGCAGGAACCAGUUCAGAAACUUUGCAUGAAACUACUCAGAACACAGAAUCCAGGAAGGUAAUAAAAAAGAAAAUAAUUGUUAAUGGUCGUCCUGGGUCACGCAAAAGUCAUGAACCUACUGAAUCAACAACAAAAGCAGAAAUUCAGAAGGAGACAAAUGAAGAGGAAGAAAAGAAGAGGCAGCGAGCUCUAGAUGCCCUAGAAAGAUUUAGCCCAGGAUUUGCCAAUGCUAAUUUACUUGCAUUCCGUGUUAUUCCAAAUGGAGCAAAAAAGAACAGUGUUCAACAGGUUUCAACAACUGAAGCAACCGUUCAGCAGACUUCUAAACCACAAAAUUCAUUCAACAAUCAAAGGAGAGGAGGCUCUCGAGCCCGUAUUACCACAACUCCCACCCCAGUUACAACAACACAGUCAUCACAGUUCAUAUCUAGAACGAGCUCCCGCAGGGUUUCUAGGCCAGUAACCCAAACGUCUUUAUCAACAACAGCUGAGCCAAUUGCUACAACCAUAUCACCUCUUCAUGGUUUAAGAAGUAAUGAUAGAAGGGUAGUUAAUGAACAAGUAGAAGUGUCAGAAAAUAGUGCAUUAUCACAAUCUUCAGGUAGCGCUUCUAUUUCUUCUCAGUCUGUGGCAUCAAGUAGUCGUCAUAGAGGAAACACAAAAUUUACCAGUUCAGUGAAUAACAGCAGGAGAAGAAUAGUCAAGAAAAUUACUCCUGUGUCAGAAAACUCGGCCAGCUCAAAGAACCUAGAUUCUUCAGUUCCUUCUUCUGACUCUUCUAAAGUUUCAUCUUCUGUUCAAGCUGCUUCAACAUCACUAGCAAAACAGGCUAGUCAGUCAUCGAGGCAUUCAAGCCAGCCUUUGGAAAAGCCGUCCGGUCAGCUAAGAGUCGUGGGAACGAGCAUUGAAUCCAGUGUUUCAUCAAACCUAGGGAGUGAAAAGAGUAUAAGUCAAGCUUCCUCUUCUCUCUCAUCAUCAUCCUCAUCUUCAUCUUCAUCUUCAUCUAGAUCCAGGGUUAAUUCUCGGUCGCGUUCUUCGUCUUCAUUUCCUUCGCGGAAUACAGGCAACCUCAUCGUCAAACAGGGAGCAGGCCACGAGCCCCUUACGGAUCUGGAACUGGAGGCUUUAUCAGCCCUUGCGCAGGUCAACUCGGCCUUCAGCAACGCAGCCAAAUCUCAGUCGCAGCCUUCCAGCUCCUCCAGGGGGACCAGGAGACGAGACUCGACCCCGUCUCGAUCCAGAUCCAGAUCUCUCUAGCGGCCAUAGGCAAUAGUUUUGUAAUUAUGAAUGAAAUUCUUGUCUUCUUCUCUUAUCCCCUGUUUUGUAAGUACGUAUAGAGAAGAAAGACGAUUGUAUAUUACAGAUGUUCCUCUUUGUUGGCAACUAAUCAGCCGUGUUGAAAUACUGUGCCAGUUGGUGAACUUCCGUUGCACUAGAAAGAUUUUAUACCCUAGCUAGCAGUACUUUGCUGAUUCUAUCUUCAUCCUUAUUGUGAGUUCUUUUUAUUUCCACUCUUUUUUGUAAGAUAUUGUCUUUUAAUAAAUGAUAUUACAGA